AUGAUUCCAAGUCAAAUCUUACUGUUGCUUUCCUUCGGUAUAGCCGCUGUUGCAGUGCGCUCUACCAAACCCAAUUUCAUCUUCAUCAUUACGGACGAUCAAGACUUACAUCUUAAUUCGCUUGACUACCAACCUGCUGUGCAGAAGCAUUUCGCCCAAGAGGGAACUUGGUUUAAGAAGCAUUUCUGCACCGUAGCACUAUGUUGCCCAUCACGGGUUUCGCUCUUGACUGGGAAAGCUGCCCAUAACACGAAUGUCACGGACGUCUCUGCUCCUUAUGGUGGAUAUCCUAGGUUCAUCGAGGAAGGUUUCAAUGAUGCUUAUCUACCCGUGUGGCUUCAGGAGGCGGGCUACAACACAUAUUACACUGGAAAACUGAUGAAUGGACACUCCACCUCUACAUACAACGCGCCACGAGCCAGUGGUUGGAAUAGUUCUGACUUCCUGAUUGAUCCCGGAACAUACGUCUUCUACAACUCAACCAUGACGCGUAACCACGACAUCUACAGAAACUUACCAGGAGAAUAUUCAACCGACCUCGUAGCCAAUGCUGCAGUCACAUUCCUAGACGAAGCCAUCGCAGCACCAGACCGACCUUUCUUCAUCGGCGUCGCACCCAUAGCCCCCCACUCAGAAACAAUCACCAAUCCCCGCCCUACAAAGUUCAACCUACCCGUCCCUGCGAAGCGACACGAGCAUCUCUUCCCUGACGUAAAAGUACCCCGAACACCGAACUUCAACCCCACCAAAGUAAGUAAUCUCACCUCUUCCACCGCAGUUCCCAUCUCACAUCCCCACCUCCAGCCAGGAACAGCAUCCUACUUCUCCACACUGCGCCCGCUCAACGCCUCAGAAAUCGAGUACAACGACGCCUGGUACCGCGCGCGCCUCCAAACCCUUCAAUCCGUUGACGACCUCAUUGAAUCUAUUGUCGACCGUCUGAGCGAACACCCCGAGGUGCUGGAGAAUACCUACCUAAUCUACACAACCGACAAUGGCUUUCACAUCAGCCAACAUCGACUACCUCCCGGCAAAUCCUGCGGCAUAGAAGAAGAUAUCAACAUACCCUUUUUCAUCCGCGGUCCGGGUAUUGCCAAGAACGCUGUUCAGAACAUUCCGUCUAGUCAUACUGACAUCGUUCCUACGCUGUUUCAUCUCGCUGGUAUACCACCCCGGGAGGACUUUGACGGGGAGCCUAUUCCCGUUACGGGAGAGAUGCAGGAAAAGGGUGGCAAGAGCGAACACGUCAACAUUGAGUUCUGGGGCGAGUAUCUGGUGGAGGGUAAUACGUUCUACGGACAGAGUGCGUGGGCAAACAAUACGUACAAAACGGUGAGGGUGGUGGGGGAGGAGUACGAUCUUGCGUAUACGGUGUGGUGUACGAAUGAUCAUGAACUUUAUGAUAUGAAGACUGACCCCUACCAACUCACCAACCUGCACUCUACAACCACAACCAACACCACGACCCGCAUAAAUACAUGGCCCAUCCAGAAACUCACCGCUAGACUCGAUGCCCUCUUACUCACGCUCAAGCGCUGCAAAGGCCGUGUGUGUACGAGGCCAUGGGAGAAACUGCAUCCAGAGGGCAAUGUGCGCAAUCUAAAAGAUGCUAUGCACGCAAGGUACGAUGUGUUUUACCUUGAGAAGCAGAAGAAGGUUAGCUUUGACGAGUGUGCGUUGGGUCAGAUUUUGGAGGUCGAGGGGCCGCUUGAGCCGGUUGUUUGGAGGGAGGAGUGGGAUGCGUGGAGUUGGGCUACAUGAUGAUGAAGGGAUGGAUUGGAUAUUUGUAGUGGGAGUGAUGGGGAGAAGAAAGAGUGGUAUGUCAUGAUCAGGUUUCUCUCCACGCCUGUGAGACUACCGAGAAUAGAAAUUUGGGAAAGAAAGGAAUCACGUCCAAAACGCAUCCUCGAACUGAAAAAAAUGGGACAUGCCUCAUUCUUCGAAGAACCCAGUCUCCACACAUCUCAUAACAUAACCUCUAUCCGUAGCACAAACCCACACACCUGCACCAAGCGUUCGGUGCGGUAUGGCCGUAUGGCACUGACAGCUGAAACAUUCCCCACUCACCUCACGGCAAUACCUUCAGCAUGUAACAUCACCGCGAUCUGAAACACAUCACCGGUAUCAGGCCACCCAAUAUUCAUG